AUGAUUGCAUUAAAACUGGAUACAAGAAUUAAGAAAUCAUCAUCAUCAUCAUCAUCAUCAUCAUCAUCAUCAUCAUCAUCAUCAUCAUCAUCAUCAUCAUCAUCAUCAUCAUCAUCAUCAUCAUCAUCAUCAUCAUCAUCAUCAUCAUCAUCAUCAUCAUCAUCAUCAUCAUCAUCAUCAUCAUCAUCAUCAUCAUCAUCAUCAUCAUCAUCAUCAUCAUCAUCAUCAUCAUCAUCAUCAUCAUCAUCAUCAUCAUCAUCAUCAUCAUCAUCAUCAUCAUCAUCAUCAUCAUCAUCAUCAUCAUCAUCAUCAUCAUCAUCAUCAUCAUCAUCAUCAUCAUCAUCAUCAUCAUCAUCAUCAUCAUCAUCAUCAUCAUCAUCAUCAUCAUCAUCAUCAUCAUCAUCAUCAUCAUCAUCAUCAUCAUCAUCAUCAUCAUCAUCAUCAUCAUCAUCAUCAUCAUCAUCAUCAUCAUAUAUACUGUAG